GUCGAACUGUAAAAGAAUGGAGUAAGCGAGUUCGGUUGUAGACUUUUACGAAGAUUUCUGUUCCUUUUUACUUGAUUUAAACAUCAUGGCCGAUGAAAGCGAGCUAUCAAACGCAAGCGAGUUUAUAAAAGAUCGAUUGUACUUCAUCACUCUGCGAAACAAGCCCAGACAUACUGAAUCUGUUCAUUACUUCUGUGUAGAUGAUGAAUUGGUGUAUGAGAAUUUUUACGCCGACUUCGGACCCUUGAAUCUUGCUAUGCUGUAUCGCUACUGUUGUAGGCUUUACAAGAAGCUUAAGUCUUUCUCUUUGGCAAAGAAAAAGAUUGUUCACUACACCUCGUUCGAUAGCAGGAAGAGGGCAAAUGCUGCAUAUUUAAUUGCAUCAUAUUCAAUAAUCUACCUGAAGAGAAGUCCAGAAGAGUCUUAUAGACCACUGAUAAAAAAUGGCUGCAACCCACCAUUUCUUCCAUUUAGAGAUGCAUCCUUUGGAACAUGUUCAUACAACCUUUCUCUAAUGGAUGUUUUAAAUGGCCUUUACAAGGGAUUACAAAAUGGGUUUUUUAACUUUGAAACUUUUGAUGUAGAAGAGUAUGAACAUUAUGAGAGAAUUGAAAAUGGGGAUUUCAACUGGCUGUUACCAGAUAAAUUUUUGGCAUUCAGUGGACCUCACAAUAAAAGUAGAAUUGAGAAUGGUUAUCCUCUGCAUGCCCCAGAAGCCUACAUCCCUUACUUCAAAAAGCACAAUAUUACAGCAGUUGUAAGACUCAAUAAGAAAUUCUAUGAUGCAAAGAGGUUUACAGAUCAUGGUAUUGAACAUUUUGACCUGUUCUUUGUGGACGGCAGUGUGCCAAGUGAUAUGAUUGUCAGGCGUUUCUUGACAAUAGCGGAAAAUGCCAAAGGAACUGUUGCAGUUCACUGCAAAGCUGGUCUUGGUAGAACUGGGACGUUAAUAGCGUGUUACUUGAUCAAGCAUUACCGAUUCACUGCUGCAGAAGCUAUUGCCUGGUUAAGAAUUUGCCGUCCUGGAUCAGUUAUUGGACCUCAGCAGAAUUUUUUGGAAGAAAAACAAGCCAGCUUGUGGAUACAAGGGGACAUUUUUAGAACGAGAGAAAAAGAGAAGGCUGAAAAAGCAGUGGAUCGCUGUGGAGUGAGUCGGCUUAUUAGUGGAGUGGACACCAUCAAGAUUGAAGAUUCUGUCAAUACAAGGCCCAGUAAACUGUACAAGGAUCUUACGCCCAUGUUACGUGCUACACCCACUUCAGGCGCGUCUUUGCUCAGUGAACGUAGCAGCAUCCUUGCCUCCAAAGAGAUAACGGUCAGUAAAGAUUCUAAUGACAAUGAGGAACCAACACAAGGAGAUGAACUGAGGCGAUUGAAGACCAGCCGUUCAUUGCGUCAUCCGCGAUCGGCAACAACGGGUGCUUUAAAACUGGAGGAUGGUAGAUUAGGUCACACUCGCUCCACGACUGGACAAUCGUUGAAGCUUGCGAACGCGUCGACAAUGCAGUCAGUAAUGUCACCGCUGAAAACAUCCAAAGUUUCUGCUUUACCGAGAAGAACAACAAGGACCUCGUCCCACAUGUUACGAAGUCGUAUGACAUCAUCACGUGUGAGCAGUAGAGCACUGAACUUGGCAGCCCUUGCCAAAACAUAACCAACUACUAAAUACUCAGCGGGUCCUUUUAAUGUUAGCUUACUGAACUGAUUCAAGUAACGAUGAAAUACUGCUGAGCAUCGGCUUCAACAGACGACGAGUUCAGUCUGUUGUGAAAAACCCUUCCCGGUUGUUGAAGGCAGAUCAGUGUGGCUAGUUCAGUAGAGGUAUCAGUAAGUAUUUUGUGGAAUAAUAUGCCAAUUAAGAAGGAUGCCCCGAUCAAGAGUUAAAGAAAGUGUAAUUAGGUUAUUGUGGGAUAUGGAGCGAUUGUAGAGCGAGUGAUUUGGUUUUACAUUUUGAUUUGAAUAGUCGCAGGUUUUGAGUGAUGGUCAUGUUGUAAAAUGGGAACUUUUUUUACUGUCUUUGUACAGAUAAACAACUUGUUACGAAUGCUAAUUUAUUAUUAAGACAUAUUUCAGUAUGAUUAGGUUUUUAAGAAAAGUAAGAGUAUCGAGUGAUCACUGAAAUAUAUAAAGUUCUUCGUAUAUAUAUUUUUUUGGCGUUGUUGUACAACGCUGUGAUGGUCACACAACGCGGUGAAGUUCACGCACUCUGUCUGUCACGCAGAGAGUGUAACGCGAGCUCAGUAGCUUUCAAGAAGUCUACCUGAAGGCUUCUGCUGUUUCCUUUGCUUUACUGGUAAAACUCAGGAAAUAGUGGUGUCGUGGGAAGUUAGUUUUAGAUUGAAGUGAUUUUAUAGAAUAUUGAUGCAUUGGAUAUGGUCCUUCAUGUGUCCUGAAACAAGAGUGAUGUGGUAGGAUUAUAAGGGCAUAAUUCAUGAUGCCCUGAUUCGGCUCUUUUACAACGGUAAAACGAACGUUAGUUUUGAGGAAACCAUAACAUAUUGAUUUGGUUAAAUAGACAAACAGCAAUGUGGUAUUCAUAAACCAUGGGCAAGGAAGAUCUAGGAUGGAGAAGAUUCGAACGGAUUUUAAAUGAAGAACUUGUAAACUUUUCUCCAAUGUUUUUCAAGUGGCAUAAACUUUGACGUACAGUAGCCCCCUUCGCUUGAGAUUUAAUCUCAGUAGUACACUGAAUGCGUUUAAAUUUCGUUCAUACUACGUCAAAAUUGUAAGUUGCACGUUUACAGAUGAUGGUAGCGAUGGAGUAUUUUUCCUUUGGUUUAAAGAGUUUUUUCCAGAGCUGAUAGUGUUGAAAUCCUCUUAAAGUGUGUACCAAUAGAAGAAAAAAAAAUAAUUGUAAAUUGUGCAAGAGAAAUUAUUUCAAACUCUGAUUUGAAAAUUCGAUAGGAACUUUGUUGUUGUAUGUACAAAUUACUGUCGUUGUAAUCUGGUACGUUUGUAUUAUACAUUAUUUUUGUAUGGACCAUUUCCAAUAAGAAAUGCAAUUUUAGGGGAUUGUUUAAGAGGAAGUUAAGGUAUUUAGCUACAGUUUGCAGAUUUGAUAUACUUAACCGUGCGUAAUUUUAACCGUACAUGUUUAAUGCUCUCAAUCGCGAUUUAGAAUAUUUGAAUAUGACAAAUACUUACCAAAAACUCUAUUAACUAUUUUAGUUUUUAUCAAUUUUUGUUGUCAUGCUGUUUAAAGGAUCAUAUUCGCAUUACAUUGUUGAGACUAUAUAGUUUGCUGUGGCAAAAUCUCGAAACUCGUCCUGUCGUCAAUUAACUUACUUUCUUUUGCAAGAAUGCAAGGCAUUCCUAGUUUUAAAAAAACGUUGGGUUCUAUAUAUUGUGACUACCUCAUAAUUUUCCCAAAACUGUGUGAGGAAAUUAUACUAACUUUAUUUUAAGCUUUCUUACUCUUUUAUUAUCGAGAGUAACGUGUUUAUAUGUAUUAAAAGGUCAUAUAUUGCCUU